CGAAAGCAAACGGAAGCGUUUCUUGUCACGAAUAAAGAGGAGGUAGAUAUUUUGCAUGCCUCACAUGACAGUCAGUCCACACCGCUACCAGUAUCUCUUUUCAAAGUAAAUUAAUUGAUGCAGCUGCGGGAGGUCCACCGCAUGCAUGCAGCAGGUGGUAUUUACUUUGUUUUCCCAGAUUCCGGAAUUGCUGUAGGCGGUUGAGAAGAUGAGUGGUGGGCCUCCUUCUUUGGUUGACAUUCUGAAGGAGAAGAAUGCGGCCAAACGUAAGCGGGCUCUCAGCCGCCUGUUUUUGGAGCUGUGUGGUGCUGCUAGUGCUGAGGAUUCGUCAAUGACAGUGUUCUCACUCGCACUGGGACGGGAACGUGUAUGGCAAGAGCGACUUCUCCAUGUUCUCAGAGACAUGAAGGUCUUGUUCUCACGCCAUGACCUGCCUAAGUUGAUUGGCAUGGACAAAGUUGGACUAGGCAAGACACUCAUCAGCGCCAGUGCCGCUGUUUUCCUGGUCCGUGUCUUGCAAGUCAAGCUACCAGAGAAGACGGCUGAGGAAGGUGGCGGUGCUGGCGGAGCCGAAAUCUUCCACGACUGGCCUCUGACUUACAACAUUGCUGCAGCUCUGCUUGGUCAGCUGAGUAGCGCAGCUAGUAAGGAUGAUGGAGCAAUGGAAGAACUGUUUGAGCAGGAGUCAGUGGAGAUUCUUCUCAAACAACUAAAUGAGAAGACUGCUCAGCAUGUCAUUCCAGCCUUUGUAUCCUGUACCUCACUCCUUCAGUUUUGCAAUGCCUCGGGUGAAGCCUGUGAACGUAUCAUUUUCGCUGGUGGCCUGCCAUUGCUUGGAAGCUUUGUUCUUCGUGACAGUCCACAGCAAUGGGUUGCUAAACACUGCAAGGGGAAGAUGAAAUCGUGUGAGAUUGCUUACUUCUUUGAUAGCUCUUCCCGGCGUGUUCUAACGCUGGCGGAGAGGCAGAAGCAGGCCUACGCCAAGAUGAUGGAUCUUAGCUACUGUGCACAAGUGGACGCCAUUAAGGUUUUAGCUCGGAUAGUUCAGUUGAACGAACGAACCCGUGCUCAAGUGUGGAAAUGUAAAGAAGCAAGCAAGGCGAUCAUUAAGUGGCUUAACAUACCUGUCAUUACCAAGCAUGACCUUAAAAUAAUCACCGCCAUGGCCAAAGUCUUGGCCUUGCUCUGCACUAAUGAGGAACAGGCAUGGAAGAUCAACUUGAUGCAUGACAUCACCUACCUGCUGGAAAUCGGAAUUUCUCUUCCGUACAAGGAGGGUGUUCUGGCAUUCUUGGAGCUUGCUCUUACUUUCUCCAGACUUGGCGGGCGUUGCCGAAAAGAGAUUGCUGGAAGUGAGGUGAUUUUGCCAACAGUGAUGUCCACAAUAUGGUCGUAUUGUCCAGAGAUUCAGCGUGCUUCAAUGAGCCUUCUCAUUACUCUAGCCAGCUCGACAGAUUCAGCUCCAUUUGCGUUUAAUGCUGGUGUGACGCCGGAAUUUGUUUAUCUUUUCCGCAACUUUUAUAGCUCAGUGUCUGGGACUGAAGAGAGUGCAACGCAGUUGAAAAAAGCCAUGAUUCGCUACCAUUCAAGUCCGUGGAAAGCAGAAGCCCAUAAGUUUGAUCGUCACAAGAUCCAGCUGAACUCUGCAUGUGCUUCGCACCUGAAGUCAGAAGGCAACGAUUCGUUCCAGAAGCGAGACUAUCAGGCUGCAUAUGAAAGCUAUCGUUGUGCGUCAGCCAUUUGCCCGCCAUUGGAAACACGCUGUGUGAUUCCUAUACCACCACCUAUUCCUGAGCUCUACCUGCCACCGUGGGAUUUCCUGCGCUUUCAAGAGUGGAGUUUGCCCAGUGUACUCUACAGCAACAUGGCACAAUGUAUGUUGAAGAUGCAUGAUCCACACGAGGCUAUUCGUCUCUGCAUGGAGGCGCUGGGCCGGUGUCUGCAAGAUUCAGCCGAGGCCAACAAGCUACGUGUUAAAGUGGUGUAUCGACGGGCACGUUCCUAUCUCUGCACUGACCAGUACGUUCAUGCACUGAACGAUGCCGCCUAUUGCUACAAUAACAGUUUGGAUAAGGAUGAAUCUAUAACCAGCUUAUACCGAGAGGCGCUGUUGCGGUAUCGGAUGGAUUUCGGCCAUGAGUCGGUGCGAGUAUGCGGCGUGUGUGGCGAAGGCGCUGGUGAGAAGCUGAAGCGCUGCGCUAAUUGCACCGAGUGCUACUGCUCACGCGACUGCCAGAAAGCCGACUGGGACAAAGGCCAUAAGGCACUGUGUACUGCUAUAAAAGACCCGUAUGACGUGUGUGAUUGCUGUUGAUGUCGUCACAUAGUCACCUUACUCUGUGCACUUUGUACGCUCAGGUGCAGCACACUAGCUUUUCUGUUCCAGUCUUUUUUUAUCAUAUUCGGAUUUGAAGUCUUUGUUUUGGUGCCAUUUUUAUUCUGAAAAAGUUAAUGUCCUUCGCCAUGCUGUACCAUCUUGGUCGUGGUGGGUUUUAUUUAUUCGUUUUCUGUUCCAUAUCUUGUGAAGGCCUGUGAGUACAUGUAGCACAGUGAGUACAUGUAGCACAGUGAAUGUACUUGGUAGUUAGUGUGGUACAUUCUGUGAAUGUGUGUGUCUGUGUGCGCGUGUGUGUGUGUGCGCGUGUGUGUGUGUGCACGUAUGUAUGGUGUGUGCAUGCACGUGUGUAUGUGUGUAGGUGUGUGUUUAUUAGUACUUCGAAGUAUUAGUCUUAUUGGUGAUUUCCUAGCCUAAUCUGUGUUAGUCGUCCGAUUUGCUUUUGGUCAGGCUUCAGCAUUAGUUGGUACUGCAACUUUUGUUUCUUGUUCUCAAUCCUUUGUUUCCCCACACAUGUGUUCUCGUUGGGUUUCUUUUUACAGUUCUUCCUUCUUGUGUACGUACUUGUACACUAGGGAUCCAUCUUUUUCCCCGCAAAUGAUACGAAGGGCACCGUACUUCACGUCCCAUAUAAACACAUUCUUGGGA